GCGGGCUGUCCCAGGAUGCUCGGCGCGGUGGAGGGUGACAGCGCCAUUUGUGGGGCUCCGAGAUUUGAUAUUAAACCAAGGUCUCAUCAGCUGACUGAAUUGGCAUCAUCUGAAGAGGAAGAAGUUCUAAUGUACUGUCCAUCAGGCAAGACAAGGUGUGCACAGAGUGUAUGCCGUGAUGGGGGUAAAGAACCGCCCGCAGUGUUACUUCGAUGUGGAAAUAAACAGGGCUCCAGUGGGCCGCAUCGUGUUUGAAUUAUUUUCAGAUGUCUGCCCCAAGACCUGUAAGAAUUUCCACUUUCUCUGCACAGGUGAAAAAGGAUUAGGAAAAAAAACUCGAAAGCAGCUUUGUUAUAAGGGCUCCACUUUCCAUCGUAUUGUGAAAGAGUUUAUGAUCCAAGGUGGUGACUUCAGUGAAGGUAAUGGACGAGGAGGAGAAUCUAUUUAUGGCGGAUACUUCGAAGAUGAGAAUUUUGUGCUCAAACAUGACAGGGAGUUCCUGUUGUCAAUGGCAAACAGAGGAAGAGAUACCAAUGGCUCACAGUUCUUCAUAACUACAAAGCCAGCACCACAUCUGGAUGGUGUGCAUGUCGUUUUCGGCCAAGUGAUAACUGGCUUUGAUGCCAUCAAAGAAAUAGAAAACCUGAAGACAGAUGCUGCCAGCCGCCCAUAUGCAGAUGUGCGGAUCAUUGACUGUGGAGAGUUUGUCCCAAAGUCUGCAAGUCAUGUGACCGAGCGCAAGAAAAAGGUCGCCGCCUCCUACUCCUCACACGAAUCCACGACCAGCUCAGAUUCUUCGACGUCUUCCAAAUCCUCGGACUCGGACACAGAAACGGAGGAAGAGAGAGAAAGGAAACGGAAACGGAAGAGGAAGAUGAAAACCAAGCACUCAAAAAGACGAAAAGAAUCCAAAAGCAAAAAGAGGAAACUAUCAUCCAGCCAGAAGAGCAGCCAUAAUGGUGUGGGUGAAGAAGAUGAGAAAGACAGAGAUUUGAAUCCAAAGCGACAGAAGCUAUCUGUGAGGCCCGAGGAGAUCCCCCCGGUACCAGAGAACAGAUUUUUGCUCAGGCGGGAUGUGCCGAAACCAGAUACUGAACCAAAGCUUCAGGAACCACCCUCAACAAUUAGUGAACAGAAGCCAGUGGUGUCGAAAUCAGGCCGUAAGAUUAAAGGCAGAGGAACGAUGCGUUAUCGUACUCCUUCAAAAUCUAGAUCGCAUUCAGAAUCUGAACUGGAUGAAGAAACCAGUGAAACGCCACCUCACUGGAAGGAAGAAAUGCAGCGUGUUAGAACGUACAGAGCCACCAGCUUAGAGAAGUGGACUAAAGGAGACAAAUUGAAGUCAGAAUCACGGCGGUGGAGUGACAGAUCUGCUUCCCCGUGGUCUCGGUCAUGGUCACAUGAUGGAUAUUAUUCAGAUGACCGCAGGAGGAGAAAGUCCAGCCGCUAUAAGAGACCUAAAAAGGAACGGCGGAAAAUCAAAGCUAAGAAGAAGUCCAAGAAGCAAAAGCAUUCCAGAAAGCAGAGAGGCCACAAGUAUAAAACAAAGGAGAUCUCUGUACCUUCGGAAUCUGUUCGCUCAUCAAGCUUCAAGACGAAGUCUUCACUUGAGCAGGAAAAGAAAUCUCCAUUAACAGCUUCAUCAAGGCACUCUUCAGAAAGAGUAUGGUCUGGAUCUUCUAGUCACCUAUCUUCUUCAGCUAGUACAGUAUCUCGGUCCUAUUCUAGAUCAAAAUCAGGGUCUAGGUCCCGGUCUAGAUCAAGAUCUAAUUCUAGGACUGGGACUAGGUCCAGAACCAGAUCGAGAUCCAGAAUGCGGUCAAGGUCUAGAACCAGUUCCAGGUCCAGGUCCCGGUCGAGAACCCGAUCCAGUUCAAGCUCUGCAUCGUCCAGAAGUAGAUCCACAUCCAAGUCAAGUUCCAAAUCCAAGCACAAACACAGGAGUACCAGAAAGCAUUUUGAAAACCUAAACCAGAAGAAACUUGAUACGCCAAGGGUAGGUUCAAAGGAAAAUGAAAAAAUUAUAACACAUGCUGCUACUGUUGAAGCUGUUCCUGCUGUUCCAUUAAGUGAGAGUCCCCCACCUUCAAGGUGGCGACCAGGGCAAAAGCCUUGGAAACCUUCUUAUGUUCGGAUCCAGGAAGCCCAGGCAAAACUCAGUGAAACCACACCUACAUUGAGCAGUAGAGAUUCCAAGUGUUCCAGGGAAGAUGAGCUCUCUCCAUCUCUACGGAAACAGCAUCGGCGUUCAGAAACUAGAAGGCAUUACAACUCUGACCACGAGAGCGAUCGAAGUUCAACUUCAGGCUAUCAGAAGAGCUCGAGGAGUAGAGGGUUUAGCUCCAGAUCACGAACCCGUUCCUCCUCUGGGUCAAGGAGUCGGUCCAGUUCUAGGUCACGGUCCGUAACCAAAUCCCCGUACCGGGAAUCCUCAUAUUCCAAAUCAUCUAGUCGUUCAUACGAGUCUGAAGAAGGUUGUGUGGCUAGCAGUGAAGAGAAGUAUGGAAAAGAUAAAAAGAAAAAUUUGGUUUCUAAUAAGCAAGAUAAAGAGCAGCAGGCAAGCUCUACAACCAGCCACAUAAGCAGAGAGCGCAGCACUGGGAAGAACUAUGAAAGUGUUGAGUGCAGUGUGUCAUCCUCACAAUCUUCCAGUGAGAUUGAUUCAGAUGAAUACGAGAGAGGAAAGGGAAAAUCAGAAUCUAAAAGACUGGCUGCGUCUAACUCCAAGACCGAAUUUCCCAAAAAAAAUCGAAGCAGCAAGAAAUCAGAGGGAAAAGAUGAGCAUCCCAGCAAAGGUUCUGCCAAGGACCAUUUAAACAUGAAGGCGAGCACAGCAAAUGAUCAGGUACAGAAGCCAAGGAAGAAAUCUGAGAGGAACAAAUCCUCAGAGAGGAAAUCUGCCUCUGGCUCUCACAGCAAAGGUGAGAAAAGUACAAAGAAAGUACACAAGAGAGCAAGAUUGAAAUCUGAAACAGAGUCAGAAACCGAACAGAGUAGGGGGAGCAAAGUGCAAUCUCGGUCGACCUCGGAAGAGGGCGAGGUGGUUGAGAAAUCUGACGUCGGGGAGACAGAAGGGAAGACGACCACAGGGGGAAUGAACUCGAGGUCUAAGGUUUGCAGUGCCAAGUCAUCCGCAUCGUCAGGCUCCGAGGUAGGUGGCAAGCCGCCAGCGGGCAGAAAGGCCUCUGCCUCCAGCAGCUCUUCGGGAUCGGCCAGCGAGAGCGAGAAGAGGCGGAAGAAGAAAGUCAAACACAAACUUAAAAGUAAGAAAAGGUCCAAGUCCAAAAGCGCCAAGUUCAAGAAGAAAAGUGAGAAGAAGAAGAUCAAAAAGGUACAGAAGGCAAAAGAAAAAUUCCACUGGCAGCCCCCUCUGGAGUUCGGGGAAGAGGAAGAGGAGGAGGCAAAAAUGGAUGGGCCUGGCGCAUUUGAUGGAAAACCUAAAGUCAACCCACCCAAACACCAAACACCACCCAAAGUGGGAAGCCAUGACACUGAAACCAGUGUCAUAAAUUGCACUGCCUCAGCGAAAGUCAUCCACCCUGUCAGAGAGAAUGCGGAACCCCAUGAAUCCUCCCCUGUUACCUCAAGUCACCAGAAAGAAGUGGAACCGCAGCCAAGGCAGAAGGGUGAUUUAUUGAAGACCGAAGCUGCAGCAGAAAAAGCCAAGGCCCCACAUCAGAGUGUCAAGGGUUCCACACCAGAGAAGUGCAUUUCCAUCUCCCUAGCGCCAAAAGGCAGUGAGGAAGCAUCGCUUUCUGGGGCUGGUAAUUGCAAAGGAGCAAAGGGCUCUGGAGUCAAACCAGAAAGCAGUGUGCUGGUAGAGAAAGGUGAGCCGAAUAAGACUGGAAAGAAUGGUGCUGAGUCUGCCCAGCCACCUGACAUCAACGGGAAUACAACAGAAAGUAGCACAAAGACUGAGAGUGAAUUAACUGAUAGUAAUAAAUGGAAACCGUUAAAAGUAUUACCAAGUGUACCAGCUGCCUGCUCCGUAGUUAACACAGAGGUUAAAGUAGAAACUACGGAACCUGAUAAUAAACCCCAAGGACUGAAAAUAGAAAUCAAAAGUAAAAAUAAAGUCAAACCGGGUUCCCUCUUUGAUGAAGUUCGGCGGACAGCGCGCUUGAACCAAAGGCAAAGAAAUCAAGAAAGCUCAAGUGAGGAGGACUCGCUGUCAAGGGACAGCAACAGCAGAUCUCGUAGUCGAAGUACUUCACGUGGUCACUACAGAUCCAGCUCAAGGGACAGGACGCAUUCCCGCACACGGUCUCGCUCAAGCAGUAGGUCAAGGAGUCGCUCAAGAAGUUACAGUUCUUCUUACAGGUCACGAAGUUAUAGCAGGAGUAGAAGCAGACGAAGGCACAGCAGAGAUCACUCGAGCCAUAGCAGUUCUUACAGAAGCUACAGAAGCCAUAGAACAUACAGUCACAGCCGCUCCAGAAGCCUUUCUUCCAGCCGUCACCGGAGAUCUCGGUCAGAUUCAUAUGAUAGUUACGAUAGUAGGAGCAGGAGUCGGAGUCGAAGCCGCAGUUACCACAAAUCUCGAAGGUCCAGAAGCCGGGACAGAAGCUACAGGUCGUACCGCUCGUACAGCAGAAGCGACCGGAGUUACUCCCACCACCGGAGCCACAGCGAAAGCAGCAGGUACAGCUGACGGACAGACCUCCAGCCCUCAUCCUCGUGGAACACUUCCCUCCUCCUCCUCUCCUUGCACCGAUCCGGAAUUAUUUAUUGGCGACCGACUCAUUCGAGCCUUUUCUUUAAACUUCGGGAGAAACUGCAGUGAAUUGGAAAUUCAUGGUUAAUGCUGCAGUGAGCGGGUGGGAGGAAGAGGGGAGGCUCUUUGAUCUUUGUUUUUUUUUUGCAAAUUGUAUUGAAUUAAACUCUUUACAGCUCUUGCUGAGAGGAACUGUAAUUUGUACCUGCAGUUUUGUAUGUAAGCAAUAGUAUUUACACUUAUGUACUGUACUUACCUGCAUUAUUCUGUCACAGUUUAAAGGGAAAAAUAGUAAAUUUUCAUAAUUCUACCUGGUCUCCAUCCAUUUUUAAAAAGGUAGAUUACCAAAAAAAAAUUAAAAGGUAUAUUUUGAAAUGGUUUGAACAUAUUUGUAUGGAAUUAUUAUUGUAGGCUGAUGAAUUA